CUCCUGAUGCUCAUGGACAGCCCACUGAAUCGGGCUGGUCUCCUGCAGGUUUAUAUCCAUACCCAGAAGAAUGUUCUAAUCGAAGUCAAUCCCCAAACCAGAAUCCCAAGAACUUUUGAUCGAUUCUGUGGUCUUAUGGUUCAGUUGCUGCAUAAACUCAGCGUUCGAGCAGCUGAUGGGCCUCAGAAAUUGUUGAAGGUGAUUAAAAAUCCAGUCAGUGAUCAUCUCCCUGUGGGCUGUAUGAAGAUAGGUACCUCUUUUGCAGUUCCAAAGGUGUCAGAUCUGCGUGAACUGGUUCCUACAGCAGAACCAGUUACCAUUGUUGUGGGAGCUUUUGCCCAUGGCUCAGUCAAUGUUGACUAUACAGAAAAGAUGGUCUCCAUCAGCAACUAUCCCCUUUCUGCUGCCCUGACAUGUGCUAAAAUUACUACUGCCUUUGAGGAAGUCUGGGGAGUAGUAUGAAGUGCUGCUGCUCUCAUCAUGUAUUCCUAUACAGUGACUCCACAUUCUGGAGAGGCUCUUUUACUUCAGUGUGGACCUGGAGGACUUUGGGCUCCUGGAAGGGAAAAGACUUCAAUUUCAUCUUUGUAGCUUCUGGAGCAAUGAAAUUUUAAAUGGACUGCCUCACUGACCUUUUUUCCUCCUAUUAAAGGUCAUUUUUUUAAG